AUGGCGCACACGCCAAUGUACUCCCCUUACGAUGCUGUGUACGGGCAUGACACGACGUACAUCCGCCGGAUGACGGUAGAGGAGUACGUGCAAGAGCUGAAAGAGGAGGAGGCUGAUGUCCGCGGAGUAACGCCACCGCUGCGUGCUGCGGGGCCGGCAAGCGAGAAAAACGCAUCGGCCACCCCCACAUACUCGACUCCAGCGCGUCGAGCCACUCGUCAGUACGAACAGCGCCGCUUGGCGCUCUCCUCCUGCAACCCUAAUGUCGUCUUCUUCUCCAAGUAUCCGAUGUACGACCGGCUGGGACGGGAGCUGUGCGUCGCCUUCCAGAUGCAGGAUAUGGCCGUUCAGCAAGAGCUACGACGCCUGGAGAACGAAGACGGCCGCGACUCGCGCCGCUCAGGUGUGCGGCUAAGCGCUGAGCUGCUAAUGGAGUCAGACACGACCGGCGGCAGCCGUCCAAUGUCUGUGCGCGCUUCAGCGGCCACAGCAGAGGGCCGCGAGCUCACGCAGACGGAGGAGGUGUCGCGCGUGGUGCGACCCAGCCACAUAGACGGCGACACCCUCGUCGACAUCGACGUCUCUGCCACCUCGCAUUACCCGUCCGUGUCUGCGAUUUGCACCUCCUUUUGCCCCGCUUCGGCGCGGCCAUCUGACUUUUCUAUCUUUCGCGACAGCAGCGGGACCGUUGCGGCAGGAAUGAGCCGUGGCGCUCUUAUCAAGAGGCACAGCUGCGUCCCGGUGCGGUCCGUAGCGGAGGAAGAAGGUAUCCGCAUACACCGCAGCGACGGCGGAGGCGGCUCUCAUCGCGCCGCGUCAAUGCCGUCGGCCGCACUGCCGCGGGUUCCGGAUGACGCGGACGGUCGCCGCUCGCAGUGGCGGUGGAGGUCAGAGAAGCGCCACCGCAGUCGCAGCAGCGGCGGCGGGGGUCGCCACAGUCGCGUCCGCUUCAUUAACGACGAUCAAGGCGCCGACGACAUCCAGCGAGAGGAGCAGCCGCCUCAGCAGCGCGUACAUGGCGCCUUGCCGCUCCCGCCGCGCCUGUCCACGCCACCACCAGUGCCGCUGUUAGAGGGGGACAAGACUAGGGUAGAGGAGACGGCCGUCGAGGACGCGACGCGGUGGACGGCGACGUCACGCGCGUCCGCAGCGGUGCGGGCCACCAAGCAGCUCUUUCGCAGCACAACACACGCAAACACGUCAACCGCGUCGCGCACCACCGCCACCCCAUCGUACAGACAGCCCAUUGCGAGCAGCGCAUAUGGGCUUUCCGCCACGGUCAUCGCUGCGAGCAAGGUGGGGGAUGCGGUGGAACACAAUGUGCAGGUGUGCGCCGCGGCCAUGCCGCCUCAGCUCUACUCAGAGGAGGAAGCGACAGAUGUAGAAACGACGCCGGAGUUGCAGUGUGGGUCGGUCGUUCGACUCGGCAGCGCGUGGUAUCGGCUCGUGCACUUCCACCUCGUGGCCGAGGUGUAUGUGGCGGUGCGAAUCAGUGCCCCAGCCCAAACGGCAGGGAGCCCCAUUCAAACAGAUUCACAAGCAGCGCCAGAUCAGCGGCCUAUUGGUAAGGAGUUGAUGGCGGAAGCUGUGACGGAUACAGAACAGCAACAAGACCGCAGUGUCGGUGCUGCUGCGCCAGAGUUCCCAAUGCAGCCAAGCGUUGGUGAGGGAGGGGACCGCGUUGUGGUGGCAUCGACAGCUGCGCCGGCGGGCCCUGUCACCGGGGCAGAACGGAACUACGUGCCGUGCACGGAUGAUGCAGAGUCCUGCCCCUUGCCAACAUCGACAGAUAGCGCAUGUGUGGGGGAGGCGUCGUCGCAGGAAUAUUUUGUGUACCGGUGGCGAGUGGCGAUGCUUCCACGGGGUGGCGACGAGGCCCGUCGGGCAGCACUCGGCCUUUCCUUGUGUGCUCCGCCGGUGCACGUGCACGGCAUCCGCUACGCUGAUGGAGGCGGUAUCACAGUGCUCUCGAUGCCGCUCGGAUACCGCGCAGUCCCUAUGAGUGGGCUGCCCUUGUCACUUCGAAGCUACACCACCCUCAUGCGCGUGGUGCUGAAGGCCUUCUCGACGAUGGUGGCGCGCCGCACAGUGCACGGGAACCUGUCAGCACUGGGGGAACUGUUUCUCGCCUGGCCAAUGGUGUCUGAGAAAUCGUCUUCGCUGCCAAGGGUGGAGGAGGAGAAGCAGCGGGCCGAGGAGGGCAACGGCAACGUCGAUGCUCAAGGCGCCACACGGCAGCCGUUCAUGCUGCUCUUUCACUGGGAGCGCUGGGUGGACUUCAGCAUGUUUGUGGACCGCAACGCCGGUCGCACGAUCCCGUUCGACUUCGAGGACGGUACGUCGCCGUCCGUCACCACCUAUGGAAAAGACCUGCUGGGGAGUCUGCAGCUUUUUCUGGAACACCCUCUUGCCGCGGAGCUCACAUCAGAGCAGUACAUACUUCUGCAGAAGCUCAUCGUGAUUGCCACAGAGCCCACACAAGUGGCAAACUACCUCAUCCAGAUGAAGAACCUGAUGAUGUCCCUUCCGACGGACACAGAGGCGCUGCAUCAGAGCUGCGAUGCGGCAGUUGUGCACCAUGCUCGCUGA